ACGAAUAUUUUACAGCGUCGCCACAGCACUCGCACGUACGGGUUUUAUUAUACCCCAGUGGAGCGUACCCAGCGACAAACAAAGAGGAGCCUUGUCAGCCAAGAUUUCUCAAGACACUUCUCUUAACCUGAACUCUGCUAUGGGAGAAAGCCAGUCAAGACAAAACGUUCUCCUAACCAGGACAUCUACAGUACAGGGGCCCUUUGGAAUAAAGAAAAAAAUAUCAGGUAAAAAUGCUGGUGAAAUCAAACAGUGAGUAUGACUCCUUCCUCUACUGGAGACAGCCCAUCUCAGCCCCGGACCUGUCCGAGCUGGAAGACCUGGGUGUGACCAACAGCAAGCCAACCAAGAAGAGCAAGAAGGCCACCAAGAAACAGAAUGCUGCCUUAUCCAAGCCAAGGAAGCAGCAAGAGGCACAGGAGGCUGAAUUGUCAGAGUACACCACCUUCAACUACUGGAGAGAGCCUAUCCCCAGCAUCGACCUCCUCGACUUCAAACUGCUUCUGUGAGAACCAUCCCCAUCUUAGCCUCCCACUGACCCCAUCCCCAUCCCUCUCCUCACACUGACCCCAUCUGGAUAACCAUGGAUUUUAAGUUUCUGGUCACAAGAAGAAGUACUGAAUCUGUAUUAGUCUGUACUGUGCAUUUUUGUUUAGGAUCCGACCCUUUUUUUCUU